GUCUUUGAAAUACAGAUGAAGAAAAGCUCCUACUGUCUCCAGUGGGCUUUUGUGAGUCAUGUGAAUUGGGCUGUAAACUUUGGAGUUAUUCAUUGACUGCUUAUGAGCACAGUGGAAAAAGGAAGUUCACUUCACACCAUGGUUUCCUUAUUGGGAAGGUCCACAGAGAGCCAGGAGCCCGCAAAUCAUCUCAGCACCUAAAUGAGGCAUUAAGUCUGGUCUGUUGCUGUCUGUCUGAAACUUCCUCAGGGAACAGUCCUAAUAGAAAUGGCAGAAAAGGUGAAUAACUUCCCACCGCUCCCCAAGUUUAUCCCUCUGAAACCGUGUUUCUACCAGAACUUUGCCGAUGAAAUUCCCAUCGAUUAUCAAACUCUGGUGAAGAGAAUCUACCGUGUAUGGAUCUUCUACUGCAUCACACUAGUCGUGAAUAUAAUUGCGUGCCUAGCGUGGUGGAUCGGAGGAGGCUACGGGGUCAAUUUUGGUUUGGCCAUCCUUUGGCUUAUUCUCUUCAGUCCCUGCGGCUACGUCUGCUGGUUUCGACCUGCGUACAAAGCCUUUCGGUCGGACAGCUCGUUUAACUUUAUGGCCUUUUUCUUCAUCUUUGGUGCACAGUUUGUUCUCACGGUCCUGCAAGCAAUUGGUUUCUCUGGAUGGGGAGCAUGCGGAUGGUUGGCAGCCGUUACUUUCUUUAGCACUAAUGUUGCAGCUGCUGUGUUCAUGCUGUUUCCUGCCAUUAUGUUUACAAUGUCAGCAGUCGCGAUGCUCUUCUGCAUUUUAAGGGUACACAAAAUCUACCGAGGGGCUGGUGGGAGCUUCCAGAAAGCUCAGGAUGAGUGGAACAGUGGCACAUGGAGGAAUCCCCCCAGCAGGGAGGCCCAGUACAACAAUUUUUCUGGAAACAGCCUGCCAGAGUAUCCCACGGUGCCCAACUAUCCUCCAGGAAACCAGUGGCCUUAAGCAACAACAGCUGCAAACUGCCUGAAUUCUCUUCUUUUUGGUCUUUUAUUAUUGUUAUUUGAAAAGAUCAUUUGCAUUCCCACCCACCCCCCCAGGGCGUCUUGGGGACUCUUGGUUUUUGUCUCCUUCUCAUCACUGCAGAAGAUGUGUGCUGCCAGCCCAUGCCGCCUCCAGAGCUCUGCACGGCCUUAUCGGAAAGUUUUGUUUUGUGUUCAGUUACCAGUAUUUGCCUUGUCGCAGACUGAAGAACCAACCGUUCACUGCCUUUGCUUGAGGGAGUCCUCUCAUGAUCACAUUGAAAAAGGCUGACUUCUCCACGAUGGUGAACACUACCAGAGUUGCUCCUUCUGCUUCCCCGCUUAGCUUUCAUCAAAUGCAUAGUCCACCACCAAAUCGUCCGUAAUUGUAGUGAACACAAUCCAAACGUUAGUAGCAACUGGUGUUUACUUUCCAGGAUGAAUAAUCUAGAAUAUUUCACUCUGAGGGGAAACAUAGCACUUAAAUUAUUUGGUACCUAGUGAUACUGAAGGUAUUGGUAAAAUCUACAACCUCUUUUGUUUGUGUUCUCUGGUGACGAAUCCUUUAGGUAACAGCACUUGCUCUGGGUGAGUGUUGUUCAGAUGUGAAGUCCAGGACAAUCCUCAUUUGUCUGCCUACAGCUGUUGUUGUGCUAGAAGUCUUGCUUUCCCUGCUGCCAAAAGUUUCUGCUGUAUCUGUGUGCUUCAAAGGUGCAGAUUCAUCUCAUUUGGUUGAUGCUAGCUCGCUAAAAGCCUGAUUCAAAGCCCACUGGAACCUAUUGAAAAACUGACCGAUACUGGGCUUUGGACCUGGCUGCUGGGGUGACGUUCACCCUUUUUCAGGUAGGCAGUACGAGAUCUCUAUGCCAUUUAAAUUCCACUUAUAGGGUGUCAAGAUAUGCUGACCCAAGAAAUUCCCUACUGCAUACUCCUUGCCCUGUUGAAAAACCCUUUUUGCUGGGCUACUAGCCAGUAGCCAGGCGCUAGAUAACUAUUGAUCUCAGUGCUCAGGCCCCAGUGUGAUUUGGGAGGAAUUCUGUUACAAUUGAUAGAUUUAAUUCUGAUUUCCACCAGUGUGGUUAAAAUCCAAACAUUCUACAAUGUGUUGUCUGGUAGACUAAGGGAAGCUUGUUAGUCCUGUUAACGGAUAUUAGCUGUGCAUAACUGGUACCUGUCUGUGUAGCCAGCAGCCCUUUUCUUGCACAUAGGGGCAGGGACGGAGGUUCUCAUCUUUCCCCAAGCAUCAGUUGAAGAGAAGAUAAAGGAGGAUUAUUUUCCCUGAGAAAUAGCAUUAGUCUCGUAGCUGAUCUUCAUCCUGUGCGUUUACAUCAGGACUCCUGUAGGCUGAGCCAUCCAAUUCCCCUGUGUCCUACAGCGAUCCCAGCAGUAAAGGCUGCAAGUUUUCAUCUCCCUUAAGAGCCUGCUGUGAUUCUCGCCCUCCAAACCUGUUAAAAUGGGGGUGUCAGCUCCCAUUAUUUUUAUAGGGAGGGAGUGUUCAGACUCUUCAGCUCUGAACAUUUCAACCAGUGAUUCCCAUGAAGGACCGAGUGCUCCACUUUGGAGACUUGAAAGGCAUCAGGCACCAAAGCCCGCCAGUCCUGGCGGGCUGUAGGGUAGGAUGCUAGAGGUGAUACAGUGUAGGGGGAGUCACUCUAAAUUCGCAUUGAGUAACUGGAAAGCAAAACUGGUUCCUGGAAAGGGUCAGGGAGGUUGUUCUAGCAAGAUGCAGUUGUUUUGCAAGUGAUCUUUUGAAAACUGUCUCUACAUGUGCCUUAUCUAAUAAAGCAUUAGUUCACGAAGGA